AUGAAGAUCACUAUCGUGGAAUUGGUCAUUUUGUUAUUUUUCGCAGUUAACAUUGAUGGGGAAGGAGGCGCUUGUAUGUUGUUGGCAGAUGUCGAGAAUGAUGUAAGUUUAGAUGAAUCUGUAUGCUACCUCAGCUGUCUUUCGAGUGCUCUAAGCAAAUUAUACACUGAUGGGGAGCGGAAAAUGUUUGUGAAUGAGGAGGUAUACGCAAAUGCGUCUCGUAUAUUGGAUGAUAUGGAAUGGAAAUCAGGUGAAAGCGCAACGUAUUUGAGCGUAAUUAGUGGUGUAAUGGAAGGGAAACAUGAUAAAUUGGAAAAACUUAUAUCUUAUGGAAGUGCAAUGGGAGACCUUGUAGCUAAGGUUGGUGGAUUAUUUGUUGGGGUUAAUGAAAGUGUAAGGGCAGUGAGGAAUGCAGUACCCGACGCCCUCAUAACAGCGAAUAAAUACUAUACAGCCGCCGCCGAGGUUGAAAGGACUGUGUGGGACGAUGUUAAAGGGAUGGAGGCUCCGAGGAUGUCGGCUGAAUGCAGUGAUCCAGUGUUCACAAAUGUUGCAGGGUAUAAGGUCAUAUGUCCAGAUUACGUAUGUCCAUUCAACCAUGGUGUGACCGCAGCGGCCUUUCGCAAGUAUAAAAAUGAAUGCCUUGAGAUAACUGUGUAUUACCCUAAUAAGUGCAGAGCCCAAGGAUUACCACGAGGCAAAUUAUACGGAAACGGUAUUGUAAAGAAUUUGACUACACUUUUGGAGUGGCGUGACGACCACAGUUAUUUCCAACUGACACUGAAAAUACGGCAGAUGCUCGAUCCUCUCAUCGUACCUUUUGCUUCCGGGUUUCCACCAUCUGUCCUCGUCGGUACACUGUCCAACAUCACUUCUCUAUAUUCCCACUUUAACGAGGUCUACAGCAACUUCACUUCACUGCUCCUCGGCACCAAUACCCCUGAAAAUGUAAACAGGACUAAUUUUCCGAUCUAA